GCCGCUGACCUUUGCCCCGCGACCGCGAGGUUACUCGGGAAGCCCUCCCGGCCCGUGGCGCGGCGGAGCGCUGCACCAUGGCCACCUCUUCGGUAUCCAAGGGCUGCUUUGUAUUUAAGCCAAGCUUCAAGAAAAGAAAGAUCUCUGUGGCAAUAGAGGACUAUUUUAAUAAUGGGAAAAAUGAAUCUGAGGACAGUAAGCUUCGAUUUGAAACAUAUCACUUGAUGUGGCAGCAGAUGAAGUCUGAAACUGAGCGAUUCCAGGAAGAAUUAAAUAAAAAUCUGUUUGACAGUCUAAUUGAAUUUUUGCAAAAGUCUCAUUCUGAAUUCCAGAACAAUUCAAGAAACUGGGGCUUUCAAAUAAAACUCAGAGAAAUUCCAACUGCUGCUCUGGUUCUUGGUGUAAAUGUCACAGAUCAUGAUUUAAUAUUCAGAAGCCUAACAGAGGCCAUACAGAAUAAUGUCACACCAUAUGUAGUUUCAUUGCAAGCCAAGGAUUGUCCAGAUAUGAAACAUUUUUUGCAGAAGGUCAUUUCACAGUUGAUGAGCUGCUGUGUAAAUACAAAACCCCAAAAGGAGGAAAGUGUUAAUGUCACCCAGAAAAAGACUCAUUAUUCAGUGGACUCACUUUCUAGCUGGUAUAUGACUAUAACACAGAAGACAGGCCCCAGAAUGCCAAGCAAAAAGAGGACCCCUGGCCGAUGGCAUCCUCCUGCUGUUGUGCUCAUCCUGAAGGACAUGGAGAGCUUCAACACAAAAGUCCUACAAGACUUCAUAACCAGCAGCAGUCAACAUCUGCAUGAAUUUCCACUAAUUCUCAUUUUUGGAAUCGCCACAUCUCCUAUUAUCAUCCAUCGAUUGCUUCCUCAUGCAGUGUCCUCUCUACUGUGUAUAGAACUGUUCCAAUCUUUGUCUUGCAAGAACCACCUGACUACCAUACUUGAUAAGCUGCUUCUUACAACUCAGUUUCCCUUUAAAAUAAGUGAAAAAGUGUUACAGGUUCUGACCAACAUAUUUUUGUAUCAUGAUUUCUCAAUUCAAAAUUUUAUAAAAGGACUUAAGCUUUCUCUGUUGGAGCAUUUUCAUUCCCAGCCCCUGAGUGUUCUGUGCUGCAGUCUCCCCGAAGCCAAGAGAAGAAUCAGUUGUUUCUCAGCUAGUCAGUGUGAAAACAUUCGACGCCUGCCAUCAUUUCGGAGGUAUGUGGAAAAGCAAGCUUCAGAAAAGCAAGUUGCACUCCUGACCUGUGAGAAAUUGCUCAAGGAGGAAGCUCAAUCGUUAUUAGAAAGCUUGCAUGUUUAUCACGUGAAUUACUUCCUGGCUUUGAGAUGUCUUCAUCAUUUUACCGCUUCUCUUCCCAAGUACCCACUCGGGCGACAGAUCCGGGAGCUAUACUGCAUGUGUUUAGAGAAGAACGUGUGGGAUUCAGAGGAGUAUGCGUCGGCGUUGCAGCUGCUAAGGAUGUUGGCAAAGGAUGAACUGAUGACUAUACUUCAAAAAUGUUCUGAGGUUUUUAAUUCGUCUUCUGGAAAGCAGCUUGGCAGUUCAGCAAAGAAAAUAGAGGACUUCCUGGCCCAGUUUCAGAGCCUUGAUGCAGAUGCCAAAGAGGAAGAGGAUGCCUCUGGAUCCCAGCCGAGGGUGCUGCCGAGGACUGACCUCUACCACCUCCAGAAGUCGUUAAUGGAAACAAAGGAGUUAAGGAGAACCAAGAAGCAGAGCAGGUUUGAAGUACUUCGAGAAGCGGUGGUGAACUUCAUUGACUGUCUGGUGAGAGACCAUCUCCUGCCUCCUGAGACGCAGCCCCUGCAUGAGGUAGUGUACUUCUGCGGUGCCCGCAUGCUUCGUGAGCAUUUAAAUGCUGCCCCACGCAUGGCCCUCCACGCUGCUCUCCACAACCCUCAUUACUAUCUGAAGAAUGAAGCACUGGAAGGUGAGGAAGGCUGCAUCCCGCACACUGCUCCUGACAUCUGCAUUGCCUAUAAGCUGCACCUGGAGUGUGGCCGGCUGAUCAACCUGGUGGACUGGUCAGAGGCAUUCGCAACAGUUGUGACAGCUGCAGAAAAAACAGAUGUAAACUCUGCCACCUCAGAAGAGAUGAAUGAAAUCAUCCAUGCUCGCUUUAUCCGAGCUGUUUCUGAACUAGAACUCCUGGGCUUUAUAAAACCCACCAAACAGAAGACUGACCAUGUGGCAAGGCUGACUUGGGGAGGCUGCUAAAGAGCCAGUGAAUGAAAGUAGAACUGCAUCUAGCUUCUGCCACAGGAGACCUGUGGUGAGCAUGUGAUCCUCUUGAAUGCUUAACCACAAGUUCGCCGCUGACCCCAAACAGGCACCUUGAGUGACUAAAUCCUUUUACACAUUAUCAUUGUGGUUUUCACAAUGUCAUUACUAAGUUAUGAGUAAUUAAUUCUUGAAAAAGUACAUGUAUUAGUAUAUAACUGAAUUAAAUUUCUUUAUUCAGAGUGA